CUUCUGCUGGGCUCAAAUCAGAGUAGAACGGCGUUCACUUGCUCAUUGCUGAUAGUAUUCUGAGGGAGUAUGUCAUUCGUAAGCACUCUCCGUCAGUGGGAUGAGGCCGUGGCUUGUGUGGAGCAAAGAGACCCAGCCACUGCUCUCAGGAUAUUUCUUGACAUUGAGGAGAAAAGCUCUAAGAUCUUCUUCAGCAUUGGCUGUCUUUAUUUGAACAACAGUGAGUUAGACGAAGCUGAAAAGGCUUUUGACAGAAGUAUUGGCAAAGAUGAGCAUCUGGCCGUGGCCUUUUUUCAGAGAGGAAUAACAUUCUACAAAAAAGAAAGGUUUGAAGAGUCUCUUCUGGAUUUCCAGCAGGCAUUUAAGCAGUUACGAGGAAAUCAACUAAUAGAUUACAAACCUCUUGGGUUGAGAUACAAACUGUAUGCUUGUGAGGUGCUGCACAACGUAGCACUAGUGCAGGCUCAGUUGGGAAAAUGGGACAAGGCUCAAGAAAACCUUCUUACUGCUCUAAGUUUGAGGGCAGACGCCAAGUUUAGCCAUAUCGACCAUGCUCUGGAUGCCAUACUGAAGCAGAAGCUCUUUCCUUUGGUGGAGAUGCGAGCUGGGCUGCUGUUCAAACCCAAUAAGCACUAUGUGGCAGAGCUGGAGAAAAGAGACUAUCUUGGAAAAGCCAAGGUUGUGUCUUCUAUUAUACCUUCAGAUGAGUUUUCUGGGUUUGCCCCACUUCAACCUCAAGUUGACAGUGUUCCAUCUACACCAAAUGUCCCAGAAGUACUAAGGGUAUUUGAAGGUGAGCCACACACUGUUCUCUAUGAGUUUUACCCUGAGACCAAAGAGGAGCUGGCUGUGUUGCCUGGCAACAUUGUCUUUGUUCUUCAGAAAGGAGCUGACAACUGGGCAUCUGUUAUUUUCAAUGAGAAGCGGGGUCUUGUACCUUAUAACUUCCUCGAACCCUUGGAUAUUACAAUGACAUCAAAACCAAUGCAGAUUGAACCAUUAAAUGAAAAUGAUGAUAUACCAGCUCCACCAAGAAGAGCACCGCCCAGCAGACCAGUGGGUACAGAAGCAAUGAAGACUGUGAAGGCAGAGACUAACAGCAUUAGGGAGUUCUCAGGCUGCAUUGUGAAAGUGCACUUUCAGUUCACCAUAGCAGUCAGGAUUGCACAUAGACAAUCAUAUGGAGUCAUUCUUCAGAUGAUAAGCUCUAAACUUAAGCUGCCUGCAUCAACGUUAACGUUAUGUUAUGCCAAGGAAGGUGUUGAUGGAAGAGUGAAUCUUGAGGACUCUGAAAUGGAGGCUGUGUGGAAUAGCGUGAAGGACAACCGUCUUACGCUGUGGUGUUCAGUGAUGGAGGGUAAAAGUGUGCCACAUGAGAAAGUGGUGGCUCUGUACUCCUAUGACUCUUCUACCCCUGAAGACCUGGAUUUCAAAGAGGGAAACGUCAUCACCAUUCUCUCCAAAGUAAAUGAUGAGUGGCUUGAGGGUCAAUGCAACGGGAAGAUUGGCAUAUUCCCAUCGUCCUUUGUUAAAGGAUUUAAUGGGGAUUAGCGCUGUGAAUAAACAGUUCAUCCAACAGUUACCAAUGUGUUCAUUUGAUCAUUUGGGAGAAACCGGCUGUAUUUUAGGGACUUUUUGAUAUUAAUUUAGUCAAACUCGUGCCAGAGCUUGCUGCUUCAUUAUCCCAUUUUGGUUGUACAAUAGUCUUUCCACAUACUGAAGUCACAUUUUUGAUUAAAUCAGAAAAAUUAUUUUAUUCUGUUUGAAUAUAAAGACACAAGACAACGUUGAAUCACUUUUGACACAAUAUACAUUUCUCUUGUUUGCUUUCUAAUUUACAACAACGUAACAUUCUCAUAUUUAACAAUAUUAAAUUACCUUUCUUAAUUUUUGACCAGUAGCAGAAGGAAGUCACCAAAGAUAUUCUGUAUUAUAACAGACAGUUACAUACUUUUCAAUUUAUUAAUGCAGUUCAAAUGCUGUGAGUGUGAAAGUAGUUCUUUGAUGAUUUCUUAUGAUCCGAUAAUAAAUGACUUAUGAAUUUUGAA